AUGACAAUUAACAACGAAAUAAAAAAUUCUUUGGUUUUUAAAUUAGUGGAAGAACAAGAGGUCGAGAAAGCUUUCCAAUUAGAGUUAAAAGGAUAUCCUAUUGAAGAAGCUGCAACUUUUGAAAAAUUACAAUAUCGACAGAAACAUGCUCCAAAUUUAUUUCUAGGCGAUUCGACACAAAUAAGAAUGAUAGGGUUUGUAGUAUCAACUUUGACCAGAUCUAAAAAACUCACUGAAGAAUCAAUGUCAACACAUGAAUCAGAUGGUAAAACAAUUUGUAUUCAUAGUGUUUGUAUUGAUAAAAAUUAUCAAAGGCUAGGAAUUGCUACAAGUUUAUUGAAGGAAUAUAUUGAAAGAAUAUUAUUAUUAAAUAAUAAUGAUGAUGUGAAAAAAUUACAUGAAAAGAUUUGUUUAAUUGCUCAUAAAGAAUUGAUACCUUUAUAUGAAAAAGUAGGAUUCAAAUUGAUUGGUGAGAGUGAAGUUGUUCAUGGAAAUGAAAAAUGGUUUGAUUUGGAAUAUGAAUUAUAA